GAACGUUGUUUCCGACGAAGAAGACGAUCACGAGCUCGAGGAUGAGGACGGAGAGCCAGUUCAUGCAGAUCCUGUCGGUAAUGCUGACAACGAUGAUGAUGAUGAGGAGGACGAAGAGGGUGAGGAUGAAUAUGAGAAUGAUGGGUUCAUAGUUGGUGAUGAGGAAGAAGAAGAGGAGGAAGAUGACGAAGAAGAAGAGAAGAAAAAUAGCGAUGAAGAGAGGCAGAAAAAGAAGAAGAAACGAAGGAAAAUGGACGAAGAUCUUGAUGAAGAUGACUAUCUGCUUCUCCAAGAUAACGAUGUCAAAUUCCAAAAGAGGAAGUUUAAGAGGUUGAAGAAAGCUCAAAGGGAAAGGGAAGGUGGCCAGGGGGGAUCAUCUGAUGAUGAGUUUGAUAGGAGUGGUGGAGCUGGAAGAAGUGCCGAGGACAAGAUCAAAGACAAUCUCUUUGAUGAUGUUGAUGAUUUGCCUGAUGACGUAGGCGAUGAGGAGGAAUUGGCGGUGGAAGAAGAUGUAGUUGGGAGCGAGGAUGAAAUGGCUGAUUUCAUCGUAGAUGAAGAUGGGAAUGGUCAGCCUAGGAGGGGAGACCCUAGGAAAAAGAGAUAUAGGCAAGGAUCAGAUAUGAGUGCUAUACAUGAUGCUAACGAAAUAUUUGGUGAUGUCGGAGAGUUAUUGUCACUUCGUAAGAAGGGUCUGGCAUCUAGUGAAAGGAUGGAAAGAAAGCUCGAAGAUGAGUUUGAGCCAACUAUUCUUUCUGAAAAGUACAUGACUGGGAAAGAUGAUGAAAUCCGCCAAGUUGAUAUUCCCGAGAGGAUGCAGAUAUCUGAAGACAGCACUGGAAGCCCUCCUGUUGAUGAACUUAGCAUUGAGGAAGAGAGCAGUUGGAUAUAUGCACAGCUUACUUCGAUGCUAAAAGAUCCUGAUGGACUUUAUGUUUUAGGAGGACAAGGUUUCUCGGUCAGCAAGGAUGAUAUUGCAAAAUUUUUGGAGCUUCAUCAUGUGCAGAAACUAGAGAUACCAUUUAUAGCCAUGUACCGAAAGGAGCAAUGCCGGAGCUUGUUGGACUCUUCUGAUAAUAGUGACCUCAAUAUAGAGAAGAAACCUGAGACCAAGUGGCAAAAGGUCCUCUGGAUGAUUCAGGACUUGGAUAAGAAGUGGCUCCUUCUUCGAAAAAGGAAAACGGCGUUGCAUGGUUACUAUGCAAAGCGUUUCGAAGAAGAGUCUAGGAGGGUCUAUGAUGAAAAUAGGCUCAAUCUAAAUCAGUAUCUUUUUGAAUCUGUCAUGAAGUCGCUUAAAGUGGCAGAAACAGAGAGAGAAGUUGAUGAUGUAGAUUCCAAGUUCAACCUGCAUUUUCCUGCCGGUGAAGUUGGUGUUGAUGAAGGGCAGUACAAGAGGCCAAAGCGAAAAUCUCAAUAUAGCGUCUGCAGCAAAGCAGGGCUCUGGGAGGUUGCAAACAAGUUUGGGUAUAGCGCGGAGCAGUUGGGACUUGCAUUGUCCUUAGAAAAACUGGUUGAUGAACUUGAGGAUGCAAAGGAAACACCAGAGGAAAUGGCAAUGAACUUUAUGUGCGCUAUGUUUGAAAAUUCUCAAGCUGUUCUUAAGGGUGCACGGCAUAUGGCUGCCGUUGAGAUAAGUUGCGAGCCAUCAGUCAAAAAGUAUGUCCGUGGCAUUUAUCUGGAGAAUGCAGUAGUCUCAACGAGUCCAACAGCAGAGGGGAAUGGAGUAAUAGACUCUUACCAUCAGUUUGCUGGGGUUAAAUGGUUACGUGAAAAGCCAUUGAGCAAGUUUGAAGGUGCGCAGUGGCUUCUCAUUCAGAAGGCAGAAGAGGAGAAACUUCUUCAAGUGACCUUCAAGCUGCCUGAGAAUUACAUGAAUAGGCUGGUUAGCGACUGCUAUGAACACUAUCUGAGCGUCGGUGUUAGUAAGUAUGCUCAACUCUGGAAUGAGCAAAGAAAAUUGAUAUUGGAGGAUGCACUUCAUGCUUUCAUUUUGCCAUCAAUGGAGAAAGAAGCAAGAAACUUGCUAACCAGCAGAGCGAAGAGUAGGUUGCUUUCAGAGUAUGGACAGGCUUUGUGGGAUAAGGUGUCUGCAGGGCCAUAUCAGAAGAAAGAAAUGGACAUUAGCUCAGACGAGGAAGCUGCACCGAGGGUCAUGGCAUGUUGUUGGGGCCCUGGAAAGCCGCCAAAUACAUUUGUGAUGCUGGAUUCAUCGGGAGAAGUGCUUGAUGUGCUUUAUGCUGGAUCCCUCACACUGCGAUCCCAAAAUGUCAACGACCAACAACGUAAAAAGAAUGACCAGGAUCGUGUUUUAAAGUUUAUGAUGGACCACCAACCGCAUGUUGUGGCUCUAGGAGCUGUCAAUUUGGCUUGUACUCGUCUGAAGGAUGAUAUUUAUGAAGUCAUUUUCCAGAUGGUGGAAGAAAAACCUAGAGAUGUUGGGCAGAUGGAUGAUUUAACCAUUGUUUAUGUAGACGAAUCACUUCCUAGGCUAUACGAAAACUCUCGAAUCUCAGGCGAACAGCUACCUCAACAGUCUGGGAUCGUGAAACGUGCAGUUGCUCUUGGACGCUAUCUCCAGAAUCCUCUAGUAAUGGCAGCAACGUUAUGUGGUCCAGGCCGGGAAAUAUUGUCUUGGAAGCUUCACCCGUUGGAGAGUUUUCUUCAGGUUGACGAGAAGUAUGGGAUGGUUGAACAGGUUAUGGUUGACAUAACAAACCAGGUUGGGAUCGACAUUAAUUUGGCAGCUAGCCAUGAGUGGCUUUUCUCUCCUCUACAGUUCAUUUCUGGACUUGGACCUAGGAAAGCUGCAUCCUUGCAGAGGUCGCUUGUAAGAGCUGGUUCAAUAUUUGUCCGCAAGGACCUGAUAAUGCACGGGCUUGGUAAAAAAGUUUUUGUAAACGCAGCCGGUUUCUUGCGCAUCAGGAGGAGUGGGCUGGCUGCUAGCAGCAGCCAAUUUAUCGAUCUACUGGAUGAUACCAGAAUACAUCCGGAAUCGUAUGGUCUUGCACAAGAAUUGGCGAAAGAUAUUUAUGAUCAGGAUGUAAGAGGUGACUCCAACGAUGAUGAGGAUGCGAUAGAGAUGGCAAUAGAGCAUGUGAGAGAUCGACCAGGCUCUCUGAGAAAAGUUGUCCUCGAGGAGUAUCUUGCAAGCAAGAACCGGGAGAAUAAGAAGGAAACUUACAGUAACAUCAUGAGAGAGCUAAGCUGUGGGUUCCAGGAUUGGCGGAUUCCUUUUAAAGAUCCAAGUCCAGAUGAAGAGUUUUAUAUGAACUCAGGCGAAACUGAAGACACCAUAGCUGAGGGCAGAAUUGUCCAGGCCACUGUUCGGAGACUGCAGAGUGGAAGAGCCAUAUGUGUGUUAGAUUCCGGACUAACUGGGAUGCUUUCGAAGGAGGAUUUCGCAGAUGAUGGGAGAGAUAUUGUGGAGUUGUCAGACCGGCUGAAAGAAGGCGAGAUCCUUACGUGCAAGAUCAAAUCGAUUCAGAAGCUGAGGUAUCAAGUGUUCCUUAUAUGCAAGGAGAGUGAGAUGAGAAACAACAGGCACCAGCGGAACCAGAAUCUGGAUCCGUAUUACCACGAGGAUAGAAACAGUCUCCAGAUAGAAAAGGAGAAAGCUCGGAAAGAAAAGGAGCUUGUGAAGAAGCAUUUCAAGUCUCGGAUGAUUGUCCAUCCACGUUUCCAGAACAUCACUGCUGAUCAAGCCACCGAGUAUUUAUUUGACAAAGAAUUUGGAGAGAGCAUUGUUCGUCCAAGCUCUCGAGGACUCAAUUACUUGACAUUGACGCUCAAAAUUUACGAUGGAGUCUACGCUCACAAGGAGAUAGUUGAAGGUGGAAAAGAAAGCAAGGACAUCACGAGUCUUCAGCGUAUUGGGAAGACGCUAACAAUUGGAGAAGACACCUUCGAGGAUUUAGAUGAGGUCAUGGAUCGGUAUGUUGACCCUCUGGUCUCUCACCUCAAGACGAUGCUUAACUACAGGAAGUUCCGUAAGGGGACAAAAUCAGAAGUUGAUGAGCUUCUCAGGAUCGAGAAGAGUGAGAAUCCAGCAAGGAUAGUUUACUGUUUCGGGAUUUCACACGAGCAUCCUGGCACCUUUAUACUGUCCUACAUAAGGAGCACCAAUCCGCAUCACGAGUACGUCGGUCUAUACCCCAAGGGAUUCAAGUUCAGGAAAAGGAUGUUUGAGAGCAUCGACAAGCUUGUGGCCUACUUCCAGAGGCAUAUUGAUGACCCGUUGCAGGAAACAGUUCCAUCGAUCAGGUCUGUUGCUGCAAUGGUGCCCAUGAGAAGCCCAGCAGACCGUGGCUCUUCUGGAGGAGGUAGCUGGGGUGGUAACUCAGAUCGCUCUUCUGCACCAAGACCAGGGAGAGGCGGUGAGUACAGAAACGGUGGUGGACGUGGUGAUGGGCAUCCAAGUGGAGCGCCAAGGCCUUACGGUGGUCGUGGUAGGGGCAGAGGAAGGAGGGAUAAUAACAUUGAGAGAGAAGAUGGAAAUGGAGAUUGGGGAAAUAACAAUACCGGAAGUGGGGAUGGAGGUUGGGGAAGUAGUGGUGGUGGUGGUGGUGGUGGUUGGGGAAGCGAGUCUGGCGGUAAAAAGAAUGACGGUGCAGGCGGAUGGGGUAGUGAAUCUGGAGGUGGUGGUGGUGGUUGGGGAAAUGAGUCUGGCGGCAAAAAGAGCAGCGAGGAUGGUGGUUGGGGAAAGGAGGCUAGUGGAAAAAAGAGCGGUGAAGACGGCGGUUGGGGAAAUAGCGGCGGUGGCGGAUGGUGAAGAAUCAUAACAGCGGCUACACUGUUGGUUAAAAUUGCAAAUGCUAAGAUAAAAGGCAUAAAUUACUUUCUUUUAAGUAGUAGCAAUUAGUGUUUCCCUAAACGCCUUUUGUUUUGUUUUAUGCCCUCUUCUUAUGUCUUAAACUCCGUAUGUAACGACUUUUUAAGAAAAACUUUCCAGGAAAUUGUUGCAAAUAA